CACUGAACGAAGACGAUGGCGUGUGGUCGCUUUCCGACGGCAGGGUUGCUCUUGUGGCUUCUGGUAGCACAACUGCUGGCGUCUGCGGGCAGCGAUACGUCCGAUUCCAUCUACCUGCAGGCCAGAGGCUUCCCGCCCGUGCAGUGCAGCCUGUGGACUGCCGCCGCCUCCGGAGGCGACGGGCCCGGGGUCGACUUCUGGAUGCGCGGCGUCGUCUCUCGACAGCUCUACGGCUGCCGCCUGGACGCAGACGACGAGCUCCGCCAACAGACUUUGGCGGCCAGUCGUAACGGCCGCCUGACAUUUCUGACCGAGUGGAGCGUAUUGCUCAACAGGGGAGGUGGAAGGCAGUACCCGGAGUUGACCACCUCUCCGACGCCGUCGUUCGCCUGCGUCACCGACGGAGUGGGAGCCCCCAGCACGCUGCCGGCCGCUCUGUUCCCUCUUCGGGCCCGGCGACGGACGGUGGGAAGGCUCGGCCAGUGGCACAAGUGCGUCCGCGUGUCCGCGGGCUACCACGCCAGCCCCUUCACCGCCGGCGCCCCUCUGGUCAGGGUCGCUUUCCGGGGAGGCGCGCCCACCAUCGUCUGCGGGAUGGGCGACCCUAGCCGCAGCGCCGUACCCACCGUGCAGCUGCGGGGUCUCCUGGGCGCUCCGUACUCCUGCUUCUUCGCCUCCUACCUGGACUUCCCGGCGCUCAAGGGUCCCCCAGUCGGCCUAGUCUUCCAGAGGCAGAUCCUCAACAAGUGGACGACCAAGGAGUCAGACACGGAUGCUGCCGCGUUCCUCCCUUCCCAGUGCUGGCAGGCCGAUGACAGCACCGACAGGUCUUUCGACUUCGACGUGGACUUCGACGGUAAACACGCCCAACGGUGCCGUUUUCAAGGAGACUGUCCACUGUGCGGUCAAGAUGUGUCACCGACGCAGCCCUCUACAGUUUCCUUUACCGCUACAGAAGAGUCAGCCAGUCCUGACGAGACAACUGUCACAGUAGCCGCGGUCGCUAGAAGAGCACAUUCCCGUCCAAAAAAAGUAAAGGCACCAGAUUCCAAGCCACUUCUGUUUGAACGCCGUCUCUGCACUUACCAUUCCCUCGACGAAAACAAUAGCACUGUUGUGCACCAGAUAUCAUGUUUUGGAUAGCUAUUCUACAAGCAAACUGUGAUAUGUAAGUCUCCCCCCCCCCCCCCUCCACUCCCUACCCAGCCCCACGCCAACUUUGACGUUUCUUUUACCAUUCAUAACAGUGGCGAGCUAGUAACAAGGCGUGUGCACGAUGCUUUCAGCGCAGAGAGAGUCGAGAAUUCCCUUGCACCGUCGCCAACACACUCCGUCUUUCCUUCACGCCACACACUCCAAGCGUUGCCUGUCAUGGUAACUGUCAACACUGGGGUAAACGCUACAUUGAGCCAGCGUUUCUGCUAUUGACUCUACUUAGGAACAUUUAUAUGGUCCGAAAAUUAUCUCUGUUGUUUGUUCACGUUGAAACGUGCCCUUACAAAAAUUAUAAAUGACUGUGUUUAAACUGACACAAUAUUUUUUGCGCAACGCAAUCUGACUUUCAUAAAUCCCUACAAAAGAAUGGCCCUGACUAACAAUAACCUAUACCUUUCAUGAAUCACUCACCUCACAAAAAUCUUCGUUACUCAAACUACUGCAAUACAGCGAGCGCCAAUACUGCCAGCUAAAUAAAAGAUUGUAACUACUGAAGGCACUAACUACUGACAGGCAUAGUUAGCAAAUGAAAGAUUUUGAUAGAGAACAAACAAUGUAUUUACCUUAAUAGUGUUCAAAAGUCAUAAUAUGUAGCCCGCAUCUCGCUUCCCACGCCCGGGUUCCCGGGUUCGAUUCCCGGCGGGGUCCGGGAUUUUCUCUGCCUCGUGAUGGCUGGGUGUUGUGUGCUGUCCUUAGGUUAGUUAGGUUUAAGUAGUUCUAAGUUCUAGGGGACUGAUGACCGUAGCAGUUAAGUCCCAUAGUGCUCAGAGCCAUUUGAACCAUCAUAAUAUGUAUGUCAGUUCAUGGCAUCCAGUCUUACAAAUUUACUCUCUCUGAUGGACACACUUCCAGAUCAUCCGCUGCCAUCUUUCUCCCCACAUCCACCACUGCUGGCGGCUCACCUCCAACUGCGCAACGCUACGCGCUGUUCACAUCCGACUGCCCAACACUACAAUAGCAAAAACAUAAAAACCUAAUAAGCGUACUUACAACAUUUACCCAUGUUCCAUGUUACUACAGUAGUUAAGUAACUUCACCAUUCAAAAAUUAACAAAAAAAGUCGAAGCUAAAUAUCUCAGAACAGACAGUCGUGACAGAAUGACCUUACUGACUGGCGUGUCCCAUGGAAGAUUGCUCCUCAGUACGGUGCAUCGCCGUACCAUAUGCCUUCUUACGUGCAAAUAACUCUAAUUUUGGAUUCUCUUUAUCUGCACUUAAUAAACUCAGAAUUACAGAUCUCUGGGAGUUGGUUAUCACUAAAUGUCUGUGUCUUUACCUCUUCCCUACAGUAAACGUGCAAAUUGAUGUGCUUCUCCAUUUCAUAAAUUAUGCUUGUAAUUUGUACGUGCUCGUUCCUAAACAUCAAAUCGUUUUCUUUUAUAACACCUUUGUGUUUCAUGCCUGUGAAAUUUCGAGUGUAAUUCACACUGGAUACACACAGUACAUGAUCAUACGUUGAUCCUAUCGGCAGAUCUCGUAGUAUGUAAGGGGAAAACUGAUAAAAUCCCUAUUUCGGUUGAGACACCGAUUGAUCAAUAAAUACAGUGAUCAAAUACAUGCAUUAUACUAGACUAGCGGAACGUAGUUCUUCAAAUCCUAUUUUACAUCUUGGCAGAUGACUUCAGUUUCGCCUGAAAUUGUGUAAGUGUAGACGCUGAUUCCGAAAGAAAAUACGCUUCUUGAAUGUGGUGUCUGUUGUCAAAUUUACAAUUCCCAUCUACGUGCAACAGGGAAUUCUGGAUCUACAAGAAUCUGUCAUUUUUAAUAACAAUUUUUCAAGUAAAGCAUAUUCCAACUAAGCUGUUCUUGUAGGAAAAAAAUUAAUCAUAGUCACAUACAACAGAACAUUAUCGACUGGCAGCAAUGCCGUUGACUCCCACUAAAUAGCUUUUCUACCAAAAUGUUGGGUUCACUUUCCGUCUGCCAAAGGACGGUAACUGGUAACUGGCGCACAUCCGUACAACACAAACGCACUUCCUCAAUCGUACUACACAAUAAGAUAUUCAAAUAAUAUGGCUAAGUUUAAAGUAACAGAUGAAUAAAGAUUAGUGAUGAAAGCUAUUGAGCAACUAAAAUGUUUUUGUGGCUUGCUUGUGUAAUGACCCAUGAUAGCAGGCGGAAGUGUGAAGUAAUUCUGUAUAACAUUCAGUAUCUCGCACUUCAAAAGUACUUGACAAACGUUAACUGUAUUCUGCUUAUCUAUAUGAAAUAAUAAAUGAUAAGGCAAUGCAAUUUAGUUUGAACGGAUUGUCGAAUACUGUAUUCAAGUUAUCAAUCAAAUACUGCAUUCUCUGUACGUUCUUGUUUUCAUUACGUAACCUCCU